AUGAGGAGGGAGCAAGUUAGGCAGCUAGAGCCCCUGUCAAGGGCAGACCGGCUUCCAGAUGUGCAGAGCGGAGCGACAGACCAACCUGCCUUCUCAGGGUCACUCCCGCCGCACUUCCGCUGUGAGGCGAACUCCCGCCUCCUUAGGUUACGUCAGCAGCAGAUUCGCCACGCGCUGGGGGGGUCACUCGGCAGCAGAUUCGCCAACGCUCGCACGGCCUUCUCCGGCUCCGCCCCGACCGACUCAUGGCGCGGCGCGGCGCGCGUGGCGGGCGGGCGCGGCGGGCCUCAUGGCGUCGGCGGCCGCCUAUCCCGACUCUCCGCGGGAGCUCCCCGCUCGCCUGCAGGCCGGCGCCAUGCGACGCCGCUUCUGGGGCGUGCUCGACUGUCUGUGCGCCGGCGUGUUCGGGGCGCUGGCCGCCGCCGCCGCCAAGCUGGCCUUCGCAGCCAGAGUCCCUUAGAGCCAAGCUCGAAGAAGCUCGCGUCCCUUCCGGUGUUCGUCUGUGCAGAGGUGAAUAUUGGCUUAUGUGUCUUAGGCGUCAUUGCCAUGGCGAGCACCAAUUCUCUGAUGUGGACCUUCUUCAGCCGGGGGCUCAGUUUCUCUAUGUCUUCAGCCAUUGCGUCUGUUACGGUGACUUUUUCAAACAUACUCAGCUCGGCCAUCUUAGGCUACGUGCUGUACGGAGAGUGCCAAGAGGUCUUGUGGUGGGGAGGAGUGUUCCUCAUCCUUUGUGGGCUCACCCUGAUCCACAGGACGUUUCCUCCCACCUGGAAGGCAAGCAAGCAGCAGUGACACCAGUUGGUUGGAUAGACCGACUGUAAAGAUGACCGUGAUGCCCAGCUGUGGGUUGGCAAGUAGGAUUGCUUCUGGGGCGGCCUGGGAGUGCAGCCUUUGACUGUCAGCUACAGGGAGAUGCCCAGACCAGCCGCUGGCCUCUGACCACCUCACAGCCCGGAAGGUUAAAGCAUUAGCUCUUGUAAGAGGAAGAUGACCA